AUGCCUUCACCACUAAAGCCCUGUGAAGUACCUGAUGUAUUUAAUAAAUCGUCAAAAAUCGAACGAACCCCGAAAAAGGGAGAUUAUGACCAAAAAAAACAGACAAAGCCCAAGAACGGGCCAAAAACACCACUAAAUCUCGACGCAGCUCAAACAGAGCAAAAGCGGGCAAAGUCAGACAAACCGAUCAAAAAAUCGAACGACCCCGUGAACAAAAAACAAAGUAUUUCCCCAACAAUCGCUGCCGCUAUCUCAAAGCUUGCAGCUCAUACAAAAUCAGAUAACCAGAGUGCUAAGACAGCAAUCAACCACAAUAAUGAUGAAGUCACGCGACUGCUGAAGGAAAACUAUAGGCUAACUGCCACUGUAGGCAGCUUGACCAACCAGCUGCAAAUCCAAACGGAGCUACUGACAAAAAAUGCAGACCAAAUUGCAACUUUGCAAAAUCAAAUAACCAAGCUCACAGCAACUAUUGAAGCGAUGCAAGCUGACCUUCACAACAUAAGUGGAAACGCCAAAAAAAGAAGAAGAGAAGGAAACAGCAGCCCUGAGAUAAACAAAAAUAAAAAGAGCGUAAAUACUGAAGGCGAAACUGACACCAGCAUGGAAUUAGUGGAUGCCCCAGCAGAAAAUCACAACCAACUGCCCAAGACUCCCCCAAAAAACAAGGAGGCAGAAAGUAAUCUCAACACGCAAAUGGCGAUAAAUGAAGACGAAAACAACCAAAGCCAGCAAAUAACGACCACACCAACACUCAGGAAUAAUGAAAUAGCCAGUCAAAGUACAGCAGCUCCAGUUACCCAAUAUGUCCCACCAUCUCCAGCUCCAGUCACAAACUUCCAAGUACAAGAAACACCGAAGGUAAAAAUGCCCAAAAUUCCACCGAUUAUUCUGCGAAAAAAGGCCAGAUGGUCCAUGGUUUCGGGCGAACUGACCAAACAAGGGCUCAACUUCACGAAGGCGACAAACACUGCAGAUGGAAUUAAGUUUUUCCCAACAUCUGAGGAUGACUAUCGGAAAAUCACGAAGUUUCUCACAACAAACAGAGAGGAGUAUCAUACUUUUAUGCUACCAGAGGAAAAAUCAAUCCAAAUUGUCAUCAGAGGCCUACCCUUGGAGCUGGACAUAAAAGAAAUUAAAAAAGACCUAAUCGAUCAUGGCUAUCAUCCUUUAACUAUAACCAGGAUGAAAAGAGGAACAGAUAAAAUAGAAAUGCCAUUAGUAUCCGAGUUCCUUAGCCUUCGGCCGCUGCGAAGGUUUUGCUGCGGUCACAGGUCGAUUUCAGGCUUUAUAGCCAGAGCAACAGAGCUCACAAGCCCCUCCCCCAGUUUACUGAUCGCUCAUUGGUCAGCUAACAUUUAG